AUGGCUGCUGCUGCUGCUGCGGGCUCAACCAAGAUCAUAGACGUGUUCUGGCACGAGGGCAUGCUAAACCAUGAAACUGGAAUGGGAGUUUUUGACUCAGGAACUGAUCCUGGGUUCCUUGACGUGUUAGAUAAGCACCCAGAGAACUCAGACAGGAUCAUCAACAUGGUUUCUAUACUUAAGAAAGGCCCCAUCUCUCCAUACAUUUCUUGGCAUCUAGGCAGACCUGCUCAAGUCCCUGAAUUGCUCUCUUUUCAUACCCCAGAGUACAUAGAUGAACUAGUUGAAGCAGAUAAACAAGGGGGAAGAUGA